GGCGCAUGGAAUUUUGAAACAACCAUUUUGAAAGGCCGCAUAUUGCCAGUAUGGUGUGUGAAGUGAGCCCUACUCUGCAGAAAACUGCCUGAAGAAGGGCGUUGUGUCCGAAACGUUGCGCCAAAUACUUACUGAGGAAUGAUAAUUAAAAGCUUUUAACUACACGCAAGUUCCAUUGAUUGUUGCUUCCAUGAAAUGAUGCCCAACAUGUCCAGCUGCUUAACCUGUGGGCUGUGAUGAUAACAUAUUAACUUGUAGAGCCGGGUGGAGAAUGCCCAAAUGAAGCCCCACCUGCUCUCCAGAUGGGAACACAUAACCUACCUGACUGUUGAGCAGUUGACUCAGUAAGCUGCAAAACAGUUACCUGGCAGAAUAUGGCAGCUGUCUGACCAAACUCAACUAUGAGCUUCUCACGGCUGCUGUGUCGCCAUAAGACGGCGCUGGGUUUAGCCGUUCUGUCCUUUUUUGCCAUAAUACUGCUGUACCUAGCCAAAUGUACCUCGGAGACCCUGAAAACACCCCAGGGUCUACCUCAACAGCAGAGGCCUUUCAACCGCCAUGUACCCCAGCUCCAGUUGCCAGAGAAAAGCAUCUCAACAUUUCUGGCUGUCCUAAUUGCCAGCGGGCCCAAAUACUCUGAGCGCCGCAGCAUCAUUCGCAGCACCUGGCUGUCCAUGGCCUCCUCCCAUAGCGGAACGCUGUGGUGCCGCUUUGUCAUAGGCACUGCGGGGCUAGGUGAAGAAGAAGCAGCUUUGGUGGAGAUGGAACAGCGGAGGCAUGGUGACCUAUUGCUCCUUCCUGACCUCCGGGAUUCGUAUGAAAACCUGACAGUCAAGCUGCUGCUCAUGUAUGUAUGGCUGGACCACCAUGUUGAUUACAAGUUCGUGCUGAAGGCCGAUGAUGAUACAUUUGCCCGGCUGGGCGUUCUGUUGGAAGAGCUCAAGGCUCAGGAGCCCCAUCGUUAUUACUGGGGCUUCUUCUCAGGCCGAGGCCGGGUGAAAUCAGCGGGGAAGUGGAAGGAGAGCUCCUGGGUGCUAUGUGACUAUUACCUGCCCUAUGCCCUUGGGGGAGGCUACGUAAUGUCAUGGGAUCUGGUGCAUUACUUGAGCCUCACCAAAGACUACCUUGCACACUGGCAGAGUGAGGAUGUGUCUCUGGGGGCCUGGCUGGCACCACUGGAUAUCAGGAGGGUCCAUGACCCUAGGUUUGAUACCGAAUAUAAGUCCAGAGGCUGUAACAAUAAGUAUAUAGUCACUCACAAGCAGAGUAUUGAGGACAUGCUGGAGAAGCACCAGACAUUGGCCAAAGAUGGAAAGCUGUGCAAAGAGGAAAUCAAACUGAGGUUAUCCUAUAUCUAUGACUGGGGAGUGCCCCCAUCCCAGUGCUGUCAGAGGAAAGAUGGCAUUCCAUGAAUGACCCAGCUGCUGAUGUGUGGAGGGAGGGGUAUGAUGGAUACCCAUCUCUUAGCUGAGGGAUCCCAACCAUUGUUAUAUUAGGACUUGUCUGAAUAAUGUAUAAUGUCAUUGUAUAGAGAGGAAUUCCCUUGUACCAAGAUAGGCAGAGAUGAGUGACAUGGUGUGUUUGCUGCUAUUUUCACAUGUUACCAAUCUAGUUUCGAGCUGAUUAUUUGUCUCUCCUGACUUUUUUUUUUUUUUAUAUAGACGUGCAUGCUCGGAGUAGCCAAGCAUGCAUAUUUUGUUCAAUGGGGAAUAAACUUCUCAGACAUUCCAGUUGGUUUCUGCUCAAACAAGGACCAGGGAAGCUGGCAAAAUGCAUGUUGGCACAUCGGAAAGCUCCCUUCUCUGUUUACCUAGACUGCCUAAAUCCCCGAGCUAGCCUCUAAAAGAUAGCAGUCUAAUUUCUUCUCCGGUAGAGGUAGUUCAUCAGCAUAAUGCUACCGAAACAAUGGCGGCAGACUGAAAAGAUGUAGCCCUGUCUGCACAGCUGGUUCUAGUGAGUACUGAGGGUAAUGGGCACGCUGAUAUGCUUCUGUGAUCCGUAAGCACUGAUAGGUUAAAUGAAUGGGUUAACUGGUACGAAAAGUCAAGUUGAUGCUUUAGGGCAGGGAUCAGCAACUUUCAGCACUCCAGCUGUUGUGACACUACAAUUCCCAGCAUGCCACCGUGGAAGGAGGAUUCUGGGAGUUGUAGUUUCCAAACAGCUGGAGGUUGCUGAUACCCUGCUUUGGGGAAUAAUAGCAUCCACGUUUGUUCUGUCUGUAAAGUUUCCAGGAGCAUACAACCUUUUGGUACUGCCAUUUCCAGCAUGCACACUUGCUUGGCUGUUCUCAAGACUCCUAUAAAAGCGAGCGGUGCAUUCUGGGAGUUUUAGUUUUGCAACAGCUGUAGGCCCGAGGAUUGCAGGCUCAAGGUUCUCACUGGGACUAAAACGAGAUUUUUGAUGUAACUGUUUUUAUCUUUUCUUUUCUUAAAGGGGUCGUCUCACUUCAGUAAGUGGCAUUUAUCAUGUAGAGAAAGUUAAUACAAGCCACUUAGUAAUGUAUUAUGAUUGUCCAUAUUGCUUCCUUUGCUGGCUGGAUUCA